GCGCAGCGCCAAUUAUGUUACACGCGUCCACGCCAUUCCAUUCCGCAUCCCCAAAUAUUUGACCCCAAUUGACUUAACUCGAGUUCAAAUUGCAACGCUAUCACUAUCAAUUCUUCACCGGUGUCGAUACUUCAAGGGAUGGCCGGCCAAACCGAUCCCAGCCUGUCUGUCUUUUCCGGCGAAGAGGUCGAGUUUAUGGCCGAAGAUGAAAUGGUGGAGAUUGUCCCCAAUAUGCGAAUGGACCCUCUCAACAUGCUUUGUGGAGAUUUCGGUCCAUUCCACCCACAAAUGAAAACCCAAGUACCGUUGUGGCUGGCAAUUGCUAUGAAGAAGAGAGGGAAAUGUACAAUUCAGCCCCCAGAGUGGAUGUCUAUCGAAAACUUGACUCGGAUUUUGGAAGCAGAGCGUGAUUCGCAGGCAGCAUUUCAAGUUCUACCUUUCCAUUAUGUUGAAAUCUCUAGCCUUCUUUUUGAAUAUGCACCUGGUGACAUUCCUGACAUGUAUAUGGUGAGGUCUCUUAUUAACGACAUAAAGGAUGUAAGGUUUCAUAAGGUUGAGAGUAGCUUAGAAUCAUUCGAGGAAGCUCACUCUUCUGCAGUGAUGGUGAAGGAUCUAUCUGCCAUGGAAGUGAAUUUAGUUCGCCCAUUUGUUGGAAGAGCCUUACAGGCAUUUUAUAAGCAUGGCAGUCCAGAGCUGGUUCCAAAUCCAGAUGGAAUGUCCACCAGACGGCCACAAGCGACUGACAAUAUACCAAGACGCCCUCUGCGGAGACGGUAAAAGCUUUUGUAGAGGCAACACGUACCUUUCAAUUCAGCAAACCACUAAUUUCAGUAUGCUCGCAAGGAAAGUACUUCUUUCACCGAAAGCCAUUUUUAGUAAUAACCCUGUGACUACAGAAAGAUUGUACACAUAGGUGCAUGUUUCCCGGUCUUCUUUUGCCUAGUUCAUCCUGGCACCUAGGAUCUAGCUUUUUGGAUCGCUUUGCUUAUGUAAUAUUGGCCUGUGAUUGGUUGAUUGCUUGGUGUUCGAUCCAUAGACCACUAAUCUCUUUAGGGCCUUCCUCCUUUUCUAGUUCAUUGGUGUUUGAUAACCAAACAGCACUUUGGAAGCUUUUAACCAGUCUCCCAAUCAAAUUUUUAACAUUGCAAAAACGAUAACUGAGUGAUUGUAACUCAUGAUGCAAGCUUAUUUUGUUGAAAUUAUAGUUCUCUCUCUCUCUCUCUCAUGGUACUCAUGUAUUCAGAAACAUAUAAGAACAGAUAUUAGCUUGAUGCAUAAACUAUUGGAUCAA